UAUGUUGGCACACUGGAUGGAAAGUUACACAUACAUCCUCUUGUUCAUCGAGUAAAUUCUAGAAAAAAAAAUAUUAUAGAAUUAGAUGGUUCUGCAAUCUAUACAGUUUAUUCUAAUCAUCUUGCUAAAUUUCCAUUAAUUGUAUUGUGUAAGAAAGGCAUUCAUGUGAUUACAACUCAAUCAAAUGAAGUAACAUUCACAGCAAUAUCACCACCACAUAAUACAAAUGUUUUAACGAUGGGAGUGAAUUUAGAAAUUGGGGUUGUUGGAUUAUUAUGUGAUAAUGAAAUGACACUUUAUUCUAUUUAA